UUUCGCGUAAUAACAUCAAAAAUACGUGUUUGAUAUCUAGUUUGUUAUAUUUCAAUUAAGGAUUUUUUUGUAGAUUUUUUAGAGGAGGCGAUUCAUAACAAACCCUAAAAGAUGCAGAACGAAGACGGACAAAUCACUGAGCUCUAUAUUCCCAGGAAGUGUUCUGCUACAAACAGAUUGAUAACUGCUAAGGAUCACGCUUCCGUUCAAAUCAACAUUGGUCAUUUGGAUGAAUCCGGUGUCUACAAUGGUCACUUCACCACUUUUGCCCUCUGUGGCUAUACUCGCGCACAGGGAGAUGCUGACAGUGGACUUGAUCGUUUGUGGCAGAAAAAGAAAACCGAAAUUAAGCAGUAGAUGACAUCACAACGUAUCUGUUUGCUAUGUGUUGAGUUUAACUUUUUUUAGAGAUAUUGGAUAAUUUUGAUCGAUGUAUUGCUAGAGAUAUUGAAUUAUUUAUAUCUAUGUAUUGCUAGAGAUGUUGGAUGAUUUUUAUCCAGUAUUGCAGUAUCUGCUUUUAAUUUCCUUUUGGGGGUACCUUCAACUAAA